AUGGAACACUACAAUAAUCUUGGUGAAGUUGUCUAUAACGAGAAGGUCAAACAUUGGCGUUUCAGAGUGAAAAUCAUAUGGAUCUAUCCUUUUUAUUCCUAUGUUACCGGCAAACGACCACACCAUGUUUAUGUUCUAGCAGAUGAAUAUGGAACCAAGAUGGAGAUGACCAUCUAUGAUAUAUAUGGAGAUAUGUUUAGAGGCCUAGAGAAGCAAGAGGGAAAAUGGGUGGAAAUCUUUAUUUUAGAAGUUGGCCGUGCCCAUUCAGGUUUCAAGGCAACAAAAUCAAAAUUCACACUAAUUGCUACUGGCGAUACCCAAAUCCACAUCAUCGAUCCUCUGAACGAUCAUCUUUACUUUGAGUUCAAAGGCAUUCAUGAAAUCCCUCACAUGAGCUACAAGGAGAAAUCCAUAGGUAUGAAUUCUAACUAA